ACCUGUGUUUUUCAUCUGCCUGUCCCAGGUGGCAAAGCUGGCAGCUCUUUCCUCUGCUCUGCCCUUUGCCUGUUUUACCGUUUAUGCAACAGAAAAGGAGUCUAAAGGUCAGCUGGUGAAGCCAAGUCAGCUCCCCAUUUACUGCCCCCCUGCUCUGAAGCUGCGGUACGUUGAGGAGCAGCCGGGUCCCUUGCAGAAGCAGCUCUCUGCAGUGAGGCAGACGACGGGCCGCUACCUGGGGUGGUGCAAGGAUGCUUUUGUCUUUAUUAAAAAUGGAAUAAUGGAUUCUAUUCAAUUUGGAAAAGAUGCUUACAUUUACCUGAAGAAUCCACCACCAGACUUUCUCCCCAAAGUUGGUGUAAUCACAGUAUCAGGCUUAGCUGGCAUAGUACUAGCAAGAAAAGGUUCUAGGUUUAAGAAAAUUGCUUAUCCCAUGGGGCUUACAACUUUAGGAGUUGCUGUUUGUUACCCAGCUCAGUCAGCAGUAUUUGCUCAGGUGACAGGGAAGAAGUUGCUUUCUGCAAGCCACCAAACCUAUGAGGCUGUACGGUCACUGUGGGUGGAAAAGGAAGAUGUCAGGAAGAUUCAGCAAGAGUCAAAAUCAGUUAUACAAGAAGAUAAGAAAAAGAAAGAAAUUCCUAAUACAAAGCCUGAGUCUGCUAUUGAGUCGAGAUCAUCUAACAGAACAGAAUCUUCUCCAGUAGAAUCUUGGAGCAGCAAAGAUCCAGUGCCUUCAUCAGGAACAGCAAAGACACCAAAAUUGAAGCCUGAUCCAAAACUUAUGGACCAUGGUCAGUCCAGCCCAGAAGAUGUGGACAUGUACAGUACUAGAAGCUAAGACAAACCUGCUCAGAAAUCUUUGCAAAGUGUUACAGAUGAGGGGGAGGGAAGAAGGGAAGGAGUAAUCCUUACAAUGCAUACUCUGUGAGGUAUAACUUAAUC